AUGUGAAGACAGGAGAGUCGAGAGAGAAGCCUCCACCGUGGCUAGAGCGGCUCCGUCAGCGACAGGAACUUCCGGGGUGGGGCCCGACCAGUGCUUGCCCAUGGGGAAUGUGGCCUUUCAACGCUGCUGAGAUCGGCAGUCGCUUGGCCGCUACUUCCGUUACUUUGAGACGGUUCCUGAGGUUGGGGGUGACCAUGGCCAAGAGCAAGUUUGAGUACGUGCGGGAUUUUGAGGCUGACGAUACCUGCUUGCCACACUGCUGGGUUGUGGUGCGGCUGGACGGCCGGAAUUUCCACCGGUUUGCUGAGAAACACAACUUUACAAAACCUAAUGACAGUCGAGCUCUCAAUCUGAUGACCAAAUGUGCCCAGACAGUAAUGGAGGAGCUGGAGGACAUUGUGAUUGCAUAUGGACAGAGUGAUGAGUACAGCUUUGUGUUCAGGCAGAAAAGCAAUUGGUUUAAAAGAAGAGCCAGUAAGUUCAUGACUCUCGUGGCCUCCCAGUUCGCCUCCAGUUACGUGUUUUAUUGGCCGGAUUACUUUGAGGACCAGCCCCUUCUGUAUCCCCCAGGAUUUGAUGGAAGAGUCGUGUUGUAUCCUAGCAACCAGACCUUGAAGGACUACCUCAGUUGGCGGCAGGCAGACUGUCACAUCAAUAAUCUUUAUAAUACAGUUUUCUGGGCCCUUAUCCAGCAGUCUGGACUAACACCAGUCCAAGCCCAGGAGAGAUUAAAGGGAACUGUGACAGCAGACAAGAAUGAGAUCCUGUUCUCUGAGUUCCACAUCAACUACAAUGAUGAGCCGCAGAUGUACAGGAAAGGGACAGUGUUGGUGUGGCAGAAGGUGGAUGAAGUCAAGACACAAGAAAUUAGGCUACCAGAAGAAAUGGAAGGGAAAAAGAUGACCAUAACACGGACCAGAACCAGGCCGCUGCCCUUGUACUGCGACCUCAUUGGGGAUGCUUUCUGGAAGGAACACCCAGACAUUCUGGAGGAAGGGAACUGACCCUGCACCCUGCAGUUCUUCUGUGCUCAGCCAUGCAGGGCUCCCUGAGUCUCCUCUCCUUAGGUGGCUCGAGCAUUCCUAGCCCCAAGAACACUGGAAGGAGUGAUGUGGCUGGAGCUGGGUGGAGACAGAGAAAGAAGCAAUGGACGGGGGCGGUAUAUCUUACUGUGCUGAAGCAGAAUACCUUUUUUUUUUUUUUUUUUACGGUGUUAGAACAUGACUUCUUUGGCUCUUUUCAAAAUCAUGAUCCUAUUUUUAUAAAGGAACUAUUCAUGCUUUGCUGGCGGAGUCAUUUUUAGCUGUGGCAUAAGCCUUAUAAAAACCUGUCGUCUCUUUUCACCCCUGAUAGAAGAGGAGCCCAAACUUUACCCUCACCCACCUUUCUUAACUAGAGAACGUGGUGACUGAAAAUUCCACUUCUGACAGCCGUGUACUUGCGCUCAUCUUUGGCAUGAAGUUAAAUAUGGGUGCCUGCCUGCACGAUGCCUCCAGAUUGAGGAAUCCCAGGGAACACUUGAGGCUUUGUGCCAGUUCCUCGGGGUGGCAGCUGCAGCCGAACAAAUGAGGGGUGGUUUGGGUGUCCUGCACCAUUCCAGAAUUGAUUUUUCUGCAACUGUUAGCAUGAUCAUCAUCAUCUCUGACCAGGGACAUAGUUUCCAGUCACUUAACUCUUCUGAAGAAAAGGUAUUUUAGGGAGCUAUAUGUGUGUGUAUGAAUGAGGAUGGAGAAACAGCUACUCCAUGGACACUGGAAGUACUUCAGUUGGAAAAGCUGACUUCGGCUUAGACUUCUGGGCAAGCAUUUCCAAAUAGCCUCCAUGUAGUCAGAACUGUAACAUUUGAAUUCAGGAGCACCAGGAGGCCUGAUACUGUGGUUUAGCCUAAUCCCAGUUCUCAGGAGGUUGAGGCAGGAAGAGUAAAUGUUUGAAGCCAAGCUGGACUACAUGGCAAGACUGUAAAAAGGUGGAGUUGGGGUUGGGGGCUCUACUGAUUUCAGAGUUGGUUUUUUUUUUUUUUUCAAGACAGGGUUUUUCUGUGUAGCCUUGGAAUUUCAGAGGUUUUAAAAUAGCCCCUCCUGCCAGUCGGUGGUGGUGGUGCACACCUUUAAUCCCAGCACUCGGGAGGCAGAGGCAGGCGGAUCUCUAUGAGUUCAAGGCCAGCCUGGUCUCCAAAGCGAGUUCCAGGAAAGGCGCAAAGCUACACAGAGAAACCCUGUCUCAAAAAAAAAAAACUAAAAAAAAAAAAAAAAAAAGCCCUUCCUCCUGCUAAUGGUGGGAUGGAGUCGGCAAGGGGACAGAGAGUAGUAAUGGAAAUCAUUUGUUGCCGAGGUGUGUUGGAUUCAAUAGGAAAGUCACGUUUCCUCUUGACCUUGUUUUAUAUUUUAAAGGAAAAAGAUUAUUUGCCCCCACCAGGAAUUAAUUAAAAGACAGCCCAUGUCCUGCUUCCUGGUCUGGAUUGCAGAAUUUACAGCCAAGAAAAUGUAUUUUUGAAAGUGCAGCGUCUGGCCUCAUCCCUCACUAAUUGACACCCCAUCUGCUGAUGCCAUUUUUUUCCUUCCUGUUCUCCCCACUCCCCAGGAAGAAGCAAGAGAGCUCAUGUUUGGUAACUGCUAAAAUCUUUUUAAGGGGAAAAAAAGUAUAAUAAAGAUUUCAACUCCUUGGCCUACUUAA